AUGGGCGACCAGGACAUAGUGUUUCUCAUCAUCACCACCUUCGCCGUUGGAUUCGCUACAACCUUGAUAAAGGUGCACCCCAAGAUGAAGCUGUACGAGUACGGGCUCCGCGUCUUCCUGCUCACCUUCUGCUACGUGACGGUGUCCGGGUACAACACGGGGGAGUUCGUCGGCGGCACGGCCCUGAGCAGGUUCUUGCUCAUCGUCAUCGGCGCCGCCGUCAGCCUGGCGGUGAACAUAGGCAUAUACCCGAUCUGGGCGGGAGAGGACCUGCACCACCUGGUGGCCAGGAACUUCGCCAGAGUCGCUGAAUCCUUAGAAGGGUGCGUCGAUGGAUACCUGACAUGCAUGGAGUACCAAAGGGUUCCUUCCAAGAUUCUCACGUACCAAGCUUCCGAUGAUCCUCUGUACAGUGGGUACAGGGCGGCUGUCGAGGCACAGACACAAGAGGAAGCACUGCUGGGGUUUGCCAUAUGGGAGCCACCGCACGGACCAUACAAGAUGAUGAAGUACCCCUGGCAGAGCUACACCAAGGUUGGCGGCGCGCUGAGGCACUGCUCCUUCGCCGUCAUGGCGCUGCACGGGUGCAUACUGUCGGAGAUCCAGUCGGCGCCGGAGAACAGGCAGGUGUUCAGCGCCGAGCUCCACAGGGUGGGCGAUGAGGCGGCCAAGGUGCUGCGGGAGCUCGGGCACCGGGUGAAGACCAUGACCAGGCUGAGCUCGCCCAACAUCCUCUCCGAGGUCCUCCACGCCGCUGAGGAGUUGCAGAAGAAGAUCGACCAGCGGUCCUACCUCCUCGUCAACACGGAUCGUUGGGGGGAGAGGGAGGACACCGCCGCCUCCACCACCACCUGCAGCCGGCACGAGGCAGGAGCCGGAGCCUCCAGGGAAAAUGAGGCGCCACCGCCGCCGCCGGAGCAGGCCGUCGUCAUCAACAUCCCUCCAAUGCACAAGUCGGAGUCGAACACGACUGUCGCCCGGGCCGCCGGCGUCAACGUCCCUCCACUGCACAAGUCGGAGUCGAACACGACCCUCGCCCGGGCCGCCAGCGUCAGCAUCCCUCCACUGCACAAGUCGGAGUCGAGCACGACCCUCGCCCGGACCGCCAGCGUCAGCGUCCCUCCACUGCAUAAGUCGGAGUCGAACACGACCCUCGCCCGGGCCGCCGGCGUCAGCAUCCCUCCACUGCACAAGUCGGAGUCGAACACGACCCUCGCCCGGACCACCAGCGUCAGCAUCCCUCCACUGCACAAGUCGGAGUCCACCACGACCGUCGCCCGGGCCGCGGCCCUCGGCAACGUGCACAAGUCGGAGUCGAGCACGUCGCUCGCCCGGUUCGACUCGGCGGCGUCGUGGGCGGCCAUGUCGCUGGCGGACGGCCUGGCGCUCAAGCCCCAGGGGUCCUGGCACCACCGGGUGCCGCCGUUCCACCCGGGCCAGCCGGUCGACGCCGCGGAGGCGAGGACGUACGAGAGCGCGAGCGCGCUGUCUCUGGGCACCUUCGCGUCGCUCCUCAUCGAGUUCGUGGCGCGGCUCGGGAACCUCGUCAACGCCGUCGAGGAGCUCAGCGACAAGGCCGCCUUCAAGGAUCCCGUGGAGGAGCCAUCCGUGUUAACAAGGGAGGAGGAGACUGGUGUUUUUGGCAGAAUGACAAAGUUUUUCAGGCUGAAGAGAUGA